AUGUAUAGAUCCACAGACUUCCUUCCGCGUGCCACGCUCACUAGUUUCCUUGUAGUCUCCCGCAUAGGCGCCAGUAUGGGGCCCACACGCAACAGCAAGCUUGAUAAGAACAAGAAAACUGCAAAUUCUCGGAGCAGAAACUCGCGGACGUCUAAGUCCUCUAAGAACCACUCCCAAGGUCGACCUCCCCCCAUUUGUAGCCCUCUUGCUCGGGCAUUUGCUGGUAUCCAGCUUCCCCCUGGGAGAACAAUCUAUAAUCCGGGCCCUCCCCCUCGACACCGCCAGUCUUUGUCGUAUAAAGUACAGUCGCAACGGGGUCCACCUGGAUUUUAUUCGAAUAUCAGUCCCAUCAUCGAGAGGUGGCUGCUCGAACCUGAUUCCGAAUCAGAUUCCGAAUCCGUCUACCAACCAUCAUCCCCUGCUACCCCAUGCAAAACUUUCCCCUUCCCUGAUUAUCGUCCGGGCAUGCGGACGAUUCUUACACACAAGGACCCCGCCCCCUCUAAGUACCCUGUGCGUCUUCCAGAAAGCAAUCCCUCGAACGGUCAAGACUGGGCGCAGCCAUGCGCUCCUUCCGUUGGAAGGCGACAGCAACCCCUGGCCAUAGUGCCGAUCACGGCUCUGACCGGCCAACCCGCGCCUUUCUCUAGAGCAUACAUCCCCUUCAACUUCGCUCAGCCUGGGGCCUCCGCCGCAACCUUUGAAUAUGCGAUCACUGGGACGUUAUCCACAGAGUCGGCAGAUGCUACUCAGGUCCCGCAGGUUGUGAACCCUGGCCUCGGCGACGGUCCUCAUCAUUUCUUCUCCCGAUUAACCUUCACGAACGCGGGCUCUCCGCCAGAAACUCUUUUCCAGGCAGGCGUCCCCGUUUACGAGGGCCAUCCUCCGGCAGGUCCUGUUGAGAGAGGGGACGGUCAACACUUCGGCGGAGAGGAGCAAUCAAACCUUGACGACUUUAUAGAAAUUCCGGGAAAUGAUUCGGCGGGUGUCGCACCAGGCCAGUAG